CUCCCGGAGCGCCUCGCGCUCGGCCGCGGCGCGGUCCCGGUCCCGCUCGGCGCGCUCGCGCGCGGCCCGCUCCGCGUCGAGCUCGCCCGACGACGCCCGCAGCGCCGCCAGCUCGUGCUCGGCUUGCUCGCGCGCGGCCCGCUCCGACUCAAGAUCGCCCGACGACGCCCGCAGCGCCGCCAGCUCGUUCUCCGCGCGCUCCCGCGCGGCCUGUUCCGUCGCGAGCUCGCCCUCGAGGAGUUCGAGCGCGGCCUCGGCGUCCGAGUCCGGCGUCGGCGGGGGCGGCGCGCCUUGCCUCAGCUGGGCGUUCUCCUGGCAGAGGCGCGCGACGUCGUCCUCGCGCGCCGCGAGCAGCGCGGUGAGCUCCGCGGCGUCCGUGCCGCCCGCGACCAGCGCGAGCCGGCGCUUCAGCUGGUCGAUCUCGAGCUUGUACGGGAGGCUGGGCGGCGGCGUGCGUUGCAGCGAGGUUCUCGUUGCCGGUGUUUCCGCCAUGGUCGCGACUAGGGACGUGUGUGGCACGUCUAGUGCCGUUCGCGUCUCGUCGGCAGCGUGCGCGGCGCCCCGGGCGCUUUUGUCGUUUUUGUCGCGCACAAGGCGUGCUGCCGUAAAUACGCGGGCACACUAAGGCAAGGACGUUGCCAGUGUGCUUUGGAGUGCUUGCCUUGGCUCGAUCGCGUCUGCGCGAGGAGACCGGGGCACGGUUGGGCUUUUUGAUUGACGCUAGUGCCUCUAUACGCUGGCGAGGUUUCUCAAGAACCGAUCAUCUGCCUUGUAGUGCGUAAGGGAUCGGCUAGGAACGCUCGCAGGUGCCUCCGAG